AUGGCUGGUAGUAUUUUCCGCAUCAUUGGUAUUCAUUUGGAAAACGAUGGUGUCAACGCAGUGCAGUUAGUGCUCUGCAGUAAUGAUGAUCACGACUUGAAGACUCUUCUCGAGCAUAUGCGCAAGGAUAUACCACAGGCAUGUAUUCCAAUAACCUACGGCAUUGUUCUUGCGAACGCUGGUAAACCAGAACAAGCCGAGCGCUACUUUCUCAACGUCCUCAAGGAACUACCCGCUGAUGAUCCACUAGUAACGCACUGUUAUCAUCAAUUGGGAAAUGUAUUAGAUGAUCGUGGCAAAUACGAGGAAAGUCUUGAAUAUUUUGAAAAAGCAUUGGCAAAAAAAUUGGAAAUUCUUGCUGCGAACGAUCCAAGUGUAGCAAAUACACUUACCUGCUGUGGAGUCGGCUAUCUGAGAAAAAAUGAAUUCGAGCGGGCUCUCAAUUCAUAUCAAAAAGCACUAGAUAUUUACAAGGACAGUUAUGGAGAGGAAGAUAAGAAUGUAGCCAUGUGCUUAUUUAACAUCGGCGGGUAG